CAGGUAGGGGGAUGGGGCCGGAGCUGCUUUGCACAACUAAGAUCCACCCAGAAAGUGAGAGGUACAAGGGCAACCCUUGCCCAAAACCCCCUAAAGAGGGAAGGGGCUCACAUCACCGACCAAGGGGACCUGGAAGAUGCCAGAGGCCCCAAGACAUCAGCUUCUCUGCUCUGUGGCCAUCCUACCCGUGCAGGACCCGGGAAGCUGGGUGUAGCUUUGACAAUGCCAUGGUAACCCAGGUGGAACAAGAUUGAGUUGGUGGGGAUGGGGACCUGGGAGAGCCUCUGUUAGGGAUGCCCCGGCGUAGCAGAAAGGACCCAUCUGAGAAAUCUCAAGAAGGCACCCGGGGAUCUACAGGAAAAUAUGUUCAGGACUAUUUCCCAUCUAAGUGGGGAAGAUACUGACUCAGUCAUGCAAGCAGUUGGCCGUGGGACCCGGAACCUCACCUUGGAGUCUAUAGGAAAGGUGUCUGGAUCCUUCCUAACGGCACCAGUUCCUUCCAGAAGUAGCAGGUGGAGGAAGCAGGAGCCACUGCAGGCUCCCCAAGUGGUGCUGAGCAUCAGGAUCUCGUCAGGGAGUGUGGGCUUCCUCCUGCCCCGCUGCAGGCUGCAGGCCCUGGGCGGGUAGGAGAUAGAUGGGGCUUCUGGGAAGGAGGUGGUCCUUCUGAGCUGUGUUUCUCCUCCAGGGGCUGAGCUGGAGGAGACUAACAAAAGCACGAAGAAGUUGGAUGCCAUGACCCUCAUUAAAGAAGACAUGUCCAUCUUCGGGCACUGCCCGGCCUACGACGACUUCUAUCUGGUUGUGUGUAACCACUGCAGCCAAGUGGUGAAGCCUCAAGCUUUCCAGAAGCACUGCGAAAGAAGACAUGGGCCCCUCAGCAAGCUUUACGCCCGGGCCCCACCCCCACCUCCAGCCCCUGCCAGCUCUCAGAAAUGCCAUGUAGUGAAUGGGCAGGGCCCCGCUUGUAGGGCCCCAGGUUCCACCAAAACCUCCUCCAGGGAGAAGGGCCAGGGGUCCCGGAGCCGUGGCCACCCACCACCCGAGAAGAGCCAGAAGGACAACCUCUGCCUGUUCGUGCCUGUGGUGAAUCUGGAGAAGAUGUCUGGUCUCCCGAAGCCCGACGGCCCCGGAGUCAGGGUGGCCCCGCCCUCUGCCUUCCUCAGCCAGCCCGGCAGCCUCCCCAAGGACUCCCCUGGGAAGCCCCCCAUGGCGCCCCCUCCUAAGGAGCUUCCUGGCAGAGAGAGCACCAAGAUAACCCCCGGCGAGGGCCCCAGUCACCGGGCUGACGGCAGCCCCCCUGAAAAGGAGCCUGGUGGGGCCAGGCUGCCCCCUAAGACCCACCGGAAAAUGGCCCGGAAGGAGUGCGACCUCAACAGGCAGUGUGGGGUAAUAAACCCAGAGACCAAAAAGAUCUGCACCCGCCUGCUGACCUGCAAGAUCCACUCGGUGCACCAGCGCCGGGAGGUCCAGGGCCGGGCUAAGGACUUCGACGUGCUGGUGGCAGAGCUGAAGGCCAACUCCCGCAAAGGGGAGUCCCCGAAGGAGAAGAGCCCGGGGCGCAAGGAGCCGGCUCCCGAGCGCCCCUCCCAGGAGCCCCCCUCCUCAGCCCCGGUUGUGGCAGCGGCGGUUGCUCCCAGCAGCACCUUCUCUGCUCGUGCCAAGCAGACCUAUCCCUACUGUGCGCUGCCCAGGUCCCGGGCCUCCUCUGAGAGUGAGUUGGAUGAUGAAGGCCCCUGUGGUGGUGAUGGGGACCCAGGCCUGUUCCCCUUCCCCCUGCCCCGGGGUGGGGCCCAGGCCUCCAGCGAGGAGAGUGAGGAGGAGGGGCCAUCUGAUGACCUCCACCUCCCCCCUGACUGCCAUUAUGCCACCCGGCCCCCCAGGCCACAGGCGUUCUGCACCUUUGGGAGCCGGCUAGUGAGUCCAGGGUGCUACGUGUUCAGCCGCAGGCUGGACCGCUUCUGCUCGGCGCUGAGCUCCAUGCUGGAAAGGCACCUCAGCUCACACAUGUGGAAGAAGAUCCCACCGGCAGCGGAGCCUCCAUCCCACCUUGCCAGUUCCCCCCUUCCUGCUCCCCCGAGCCCAGCCUCUAUGGGCAGCUGCCCCCACCUUCCGGGCCCACCCCCCAGACCUGCUUGCCCAGCUUCCACGCCCCCCACCAAGGACAGCCUGGCCCCCAGCUACCCUGCCGGCUCCCCCAGUGUGGCAGCCGCCUGCAGCCAGGCAGAGUGCAUGGGCGGGAGCCAGGCCAUCACCUCGCCACUGCCUGCCAACACACCCUCGCCGUCCUUCAGCAAGCUCCCGCCUUCCAAGGCCAGCAAGUCGUCCAAAGGCAAGGACGGGGCCGAAGUGGAGGCGCCUUCCCGGAAGCGAAAGUUGUCCCCUGGCCCCACAACUUUCAAACGGACCUGCAUCCUGGAGCCCUCGGGCAAAGGCAAACCCUCCGGCUGCCGGGGCCUCUCGGCCAAGACUAAAACCGCGCUGGGCGUGGGGCUCAACGGGACGGUGGGGCCGAGAGUGAAGCGGGCAGGGCCCCCGGACUGUCGGGGUUCCCCUCAUCAGCCGCCCACACCAGUCAAGGCUUCUCAGCUGGACAGCCAGGGAGCGGCCGGCCACCCAGCCAAGGCCCUGCCGAGCACCUGCCUCUCCGAGGAGGAGGCGGCCAAGAAGCGGAAAAACCUGGCCACGUACUGCCGGCCAGUGAAGGCCAAGCACUGCCCGGCGGGCCCCCCCGCCGACGCGGCCUGCUCCGUGCGCCGCAAGAAGCCGGGGCCCGCCCUGGCCUUUGAGGAGAAGUGUUCUGCACUGAAGUCAAAAGCCCAUUAACGAGAAAGUGCCUGCCCACUGCGAUGGAGCCGCCAGCACCUCCUCCCCUCCAGAUCCGGGCCCCAGGCUGCUGCCGCUUUUUAUAACUUUAUAUUAUUUUUUUUAAGAAAAAAAAAAACCUCUUUAAAAUACCUCAAGACUGUCUCCCUGUUCUGUUGCUGCUAAGAAAAAUAUAAAAACAGAAACCUAGAAAAGGAAGG